GGCGGGAGCGCCGGGCGGUGAGCGGGGACCGGCCGGGGGCCGCGGGGUCCGGGGGGACAGGAGCCCCGGGACCAGCCUGGAAUCUGUAGAGCUCCGGGGUGCAGGCACUGGGGUGCCCGCCGUGCUGCUUGGGGGGCUCGCUCCAGGGGCUCAGAUAAGCCCCCUGCUCCUCCGCAGCCCUGAGCCCUGGCUUGGGGGCCCGUCCCUGGGACUUGUUCCCCUUUCUGCCUCGUCCCAGGGGCUCAGCGACACGGGGAGCCGGGUGCUGCGAGGGCGUUCGCCUUCAGCGUCAGCAUGAUCCCGGGACACGGGCCGGUGACGCAGGCGGUGCUGGGAACCCUCCUCACCUGGGGGCUGACGGCAGCGGGCUCGGCACUGGUGUUCGUGUUUUCCAGCGGGCAGAGGCGCAUCCUGGAUGGGAGCUUGGGCUUUGCCGCGGGGGUGAUGCUGGCCGCGUCCUACUGGUCCCUCCUGGCCCCGGCCAUCGACCUGGCCGAGGAGUCUGGUGCCUUCGGAGCCUUCGCCUUCCUCCCCGUGGCCGCGGGCUUCAUCCUGGGAGCAGCUUUCGUGUACUUUGCCGACCUGCUCAUCCCGGCGCUGGGUUUCAGCGGACCCCCCCACGCGGCGUUUGCCUUGAGCGGCGACCAACGAGCGGUAAAAGAGAAAUAUGAGCCCGACCCUGCCCACGGCCUGGCCCACGAGAGCGAGCUGUCCAUCCGGAUAGGUAGAGCUGGGCUGCACCCAGACAAAGGUGAGAACGGGGAGCCCUACCAGAGGAGGAAGGGAGUUGGGGGCAGCCUGCCGGACCCCCCCCCGCCAUUCCCCAUGCCCAGGGACACUACCCCCCCGGCCGGCAGCAGCAGCUGGAGGCGGAUUCUGCUGAUGAUCCUCGCUAUAACCAUCCACAACAUCCCAGAGGGUCUGGCAGUGGGAGUUGGAUUCGGGGCGAUUGGAAAAUCAGCGUCUGCGACCUUCCAAAGCGCCAGGAACUUAGCGAUCGGGAUUGGGAUUCAGAACUUCCCGGAGGGCCUGGCUGUCAGCCUGCCUUUGCGCGGCGCUGGCUUUUCAACAUGGAAAGCGUUCUGGUACGGGCAGCUGAGCGGGAUGGUGGAGCCCUUGGCCGGUGUGUUCGGUGCCUUCGCCGUGGUGGUGGCCGAGCCGCUGCUCCCCUAUGCCCUGGGCUUUGCCGCCGGAGCCAUGGUCUACGUGGUGAUGGACGAUAUCAUCCCCGAGGCACAGACCAGUGGCAACGGGAAACUGGCAUCCUGGACCUCCAUCCUGGGCUUCGUGGUGAUGAUGUCCCUGGACGUUGGGCUGGGGUAGGGUAGCGCCCGCUCCGCAGGAGAAGACACAGAGCCACGUGGAACUGGACAUGCGUUAGCCUCUAGACUUUUUUUUUUUUUUGUAUAUAUAUUUUUUUGGAUCUGGUUUGGUGUUGAUUUCCUAUGAUUUUAUAUCUCUUCUUCCCCUCCAAUAUCAUGUCGAUGGUUUUCAAAGCACAAAUACGGGUGGUUCCUCGCAGGUCCUGGUUUCCUUUCACCACCAGAUUUUUCUUGUCCUCUCGGGAGGGUUGUUGGAUGAAGCAUCAGUCGGGCUGCAGGUCACCCCGUCCCUUCCCCCCACGCUGGACUGGUCGCUCUGAGUCUGGGUUUUCAUCAUCUUUGUUCCGUAGAAGAUUAGAAACUCCCUGGGGUGUGUUUAGGCUGGUCCGUGGUUGAGUACCAAGGUGCUUGAAUGGAGCGAACUCCUUACGCUGCUUUGGAAAGGCAGGGAGAGCUUUAGGGCAGGAUAACACGGGCAGUGCUCUGUGGGAUCGCAGGUCUUGUGGAUCCUGCUGGUCCUCGGGAAUGGUUUUGGGUAUUCUAUUAGUUUUAAUGGAUGCAAAUAGUCCAGGCAAAUAAAAAUGAAGUUUCUUGGGAUCUUUGUAAGAGGGAAAUAUCUUUUCCUAAAUUUGUCUCUGAAGCGGGGCAUUGAUCCAGCACAUUGUGUCCAAUACCUUGAGGUUUUCUCUUGGAAAAAAGAAAAAAGGCAAUAAGAAUAUUUGUGUUUUCUAGCCUGUCCUCUCUGAAAAGGCCAGACGUGCUCAGACAUGUUGAUGAUGUGCUCCGUGACGGGUACAGCAGGAUGUGUUUCCAUAUGGGUGACUCCGGCCGUACCGAGCGAUGGCUGGUUUACAGCAGCUGGUUCCAAUGGUCCAUAACCCCCCACAACCCCACGCAGGUUGUUCCCAGCGAUGUCCCUGGUCACAUUUCACCUUGCAGAAGAGCCCGGAGCUGAGGCAGGAGCCGAGCGUGCCGGGAGCUCUCGUCUUCCUGCGCAGCAGCGGGAUGGAACAGCUCAUCAGGGUGGAUUAAUUAUCCCACCCGACGAGCCAGGAACAUGCACCGCGUGCCCCUGUCUCCUCACCCCCUGCUUGCCAAGCAUCUCCUGUCGAACGGCUGUUCCCGAGCGGGCAGGAUCGUGCCGGGGAUGCGCUUGAGCAAGGAGCAAAGCCUCGAAACUGGAAGGAUGCUGCAAACCGUCUCCCUCUGCGCUAAGGAUGCUUCUCUCUUUGGUCAAAAGGGUUUUGUUAGACCCUUCUGCAGGAAUAACUGGAUCAUCACCCAUCUGCUGCCUGCAUCUCAUGCUGGGGGGCUCGGGGGGAGCAGGGCUGCAAUGUGGGGGUCACAAACCGCCGUUGCGUCCUGCCGGAGAAGCUGCAGGGAGGGCGGCCAAGGGGAACAGGCUUGAAUAAACUAAGGAAUAAACUAAGCUAGAGCCAUGCGUUUCUGUUUGGUUCUUUUUCUCUUGGUUGGAUUUCAUUUGUACUUCAUUUGUGUGUCACUGUGGAUGAUGCAAAACUGCUGUUUGCCAAUGGAUUUGACCUUUUAACUGUGAUUGGUUUCAAUAAAUGGGAAAUUCAGA